UAUCAAGCGACACAAGGGUGACAUCAUGCUGAUACAAAUUUAUGUGGACGACAUCAUUUUUGCCUCGUCAAAUCCAAAUUUCUGUCAAAAGUUCAGCAAUCUGAUGCGCACCAAGUUUGAAAUGAGUAUGAUGGGGGAGUUGAGCUUCUUUCUCGAGCUUCAGAUCAAGCAAAUGCCAGACGAAAUUUUCAUCAACCAGUCCAAAUACAUCCAUGACAUGCUUAAGCGCUUCAAAAUGGACAGCAAGUCAACGAUGAAAACCCCCAUGUCUCCCUCACAAAAGCUCGACGUUGACCCUUCCGGAAAAUCAGUCGAUGCUACCAAUUAUCGGGUUAUCAUCGGAUCCUUGCUGUACCAUACAUCUAGCAGACCGGACAUUAUCUUUGCAACCUGUCUCUGUGCACGAUUCCAAGCAAAUCCUAAGGAGUCACAUCUGAAUGCAGUGAAGAGAAUUCUGAGAUAUCUGAAAGGAACAGUUAAUCUGGGCCUUUGGUAUCCCAAGGAAUCAGGUUUUGACCUAGUGGGAUACUCAGAUGCGGAUUUUGUGGGUUGCAAACUGGACAGAAAAAGUACAUCCGGCGGUGCUCAAUUUCUUGGUGAAAAGUUGGUGUGCUGGUCUUCUAAAAAGCAGAAUUGUGUGUCCACUUCUACAGCUGAGACAGAAUAUGUCGCGGCUACUAGUUGUUGUUCAUAAAUACUUUGGAUGAGGACACAGCUGAAAGAUUAUGGGUUCACAUUCUCACACAUCCCGAUCUAUAGUGACUCUCAAAGUGCAAUUGCCAUCACUUGUUAUCCUGUCCAUCACUCACGGACGAAGCAUAUUGACCUCAGAUAUCAUUUUAUCAAGGAUCACGUUGAGAAGGGCACCGUGGACAUGUACUUUGUGUCCACGGAAUUGCAACUGGCUGAUAUAUUCACAAAGGCCCUGGAUGAGAAGAGAUUCAAUUUCCUGAUCUCUAAGCUGGGGAUGCUGAACCAGAACGAAUACGUAACUCUGACUUGUGUGUGUGUGAUCAUUUUUUUUCUUUUUAAACAUAUUUUUCAAAUUGCAUUUUUUUAAAAUUAAUUUUUCAUGCAUUUUAUUUUUAUCCUGCACACAUCUCAUUUUUAUUUUUAUUUUUCUUUCAUCACAUUUUUUUUUCUUUUUUCAUGCAUCAUUUUUAAAUUAAUUUUUCAAUGCAUAAAUCAAGGGGGAGCUUUUUCAAAAUCAGGCAUAAAUUAAGGAAGAGUUUCAUAAAUAUUCAUUGUUAAAAGAGAAGUGUUGAGGGGGAGCAAUUUCAAACAGAACAAAAUGGGCCGGUUAAGUUCAAAAUUUCCGGGCCCUAUUUAAACUCCAAAAUCUCGCAUCUCCUCCCCAUUCACUCAUUCUCUUUUGCGCUGAAACGUUCGAGCUUCUCUCCCCUCUCAAAUCAAAAUCGCUCAUCUCCCCUAUUAAGCUUUCAAGGUUUUCGCUCAUCACAAACUCAAAGGGUAAAAACUCUCAUACUUUCUCAAUGAAAAUGCUUCAAAGGUACACUAAUGGCGAUGAACAGGUUUAGACUCAACGAAGAAGACGAACCGCCCCUGCGCGAAACUGAUCCGCGAUUACUCUGGUGCGGGAAUCUAGCCUUGCGCGAUUAAGGGGAUGCGUGAUUCCAUUGGUGCGCGAUUCUCGCUAUGCGCCAUUCAUGGGGACGCGUGAUUCCCCAGAUGUGCGAAACUACUAUGCACCAAAUCCCUAUAUGCGAUUUAGGGAUGGUGCGCAAAACAAGCCUUGUGCGAUUUCAGCCCAUGCGAAAAACAUAAGUGUUGGGCCAUCAAAAAAAUUUCAAAGUCAGGGCCCACAUUAUGAAACGAAUCGGAAACGUUUAAAGGGCCCAAUUUUUCAAAAAAUAAAAUAAAAAAAACACAAAAAAAC